GAAGAAGAAGAAGAAUCCGGUUCACCUCCAGGUGGCGACUCUCUGGCGACUCGGCCAGAAUCUCACGAAUGACGUUGUUCCGGUUUUUUUUAGUUAGCUUGAAUGGCGCAGCGGGGAGAAUAACAUCCAGAGCAUGUCGAAAAGGAAAGUGACGUUUGAGGAUGGAGAUGGGGAGAUCACUUUGGAAGAUGCUCCAAAGAAGAAGAUUGUUGAUGGCCCAGGAUCCAGAUUUAAGGAGAAACACUCUUUGGACAGUGAUGAGGAAGAUGGAGAAGUUGGAGAAAAUAGCAGCAAAUAUGACAUCCUUGCAAAUGAUGAUGUGGAAGGCCAGGAAAUGGCAACCAUUGACUGUGAUGAGGGUGUAUGCAUCACUCCUUUUAAUCUCGUUGAGGAAAUGCAGGAGGGACACUUUGAUUCAGAGGGAAACUAUUUUGUCAACAAAGAGAAAGAUAUCAGAGACAACUGGCUGGACAAUAUUGACUGGGUGAAGAUAAAAGAACAGCCUGUGAAAAAGAAGAAAGGCCUUGCAGCUAAGCGGAAGAGAAGAAUUGGUGAUGAAGACGAAGCAGAAGAGGAGAUAAAACGGGAGGAGCAGCGGAAAGACAGUGAGGAAGAUGAGGAGGAAGAAGAGGAGAAAGGACCUGCAGAAGACCCUCUGGCUACGUACAGCCAUCAUCAACUCACAGAAGCCGUCAUUGAGCUGAUGCUGCCUGGAGAAACAGUGGCUGCUGCUCUGAGAAGACUUGGCGGUCUUGGAGGACACAAGAAGAAAGGGAGACUGAGAGAAGGAGAGGAGGAGAAAAAAGAGACUUCGAACAGAGACGCUGAUAAACUAGACAAACUGACAGCAUUGGCAGAUAGACUAGUGGGGAUUGGAGAAUUUGAAAUUUAUCAGCAGACUUAUGAAAAACUGGCCUACAAGCUGAAGGGGUUGACUCGAGGAAAGGCAGCCAAAACGCUAGAGGAGGAAAAAGAUGAUCUAGACAUGUUCGCUGAGGAGUUUGAUGAGAAGCAUGGUGCAGAAAAAGAUGAGGAUAAAGACAACAGCAGAGUGAAUGAUGUGGUCAUGUGGGAAUACAAAUGGGACAAUGAGGAAAACUCUGAGCUCUAUGGGCCCUUCAGCAGCCAACAGAUGCAGGUAAGACAUUAUCGGUGCUUUAAUAUCAAACUUCAGUUUGCACAAGUAAAUGAAUGA